CACAUUUUUAUGAUGAAAAAAAAAAAAACACACACACACCCACAACGGUUCAUCAAAACCCUACCCACUCUCUCUUUCCAUUGAAACCCAAAACAAAACCCUAACACUCUGCAGAUUUUUCGCAGCAACAAUGGCCGAAGCCGAAGCCGAGGCCGAGGCCGCGAAGAGACUCAUCUUCGACAUCGGCAAACAACUCGCCGCCCAAAAAUCUUGCCCCAACAAAGACCUUCUCGUAAAAUUGCUCAGACAAGCUGCAAGUGCGUUCCCGGAGUUAGAUCAGUCGGCAUCUCUAAAACCUGCCAUAAAGCCCCUGAGCGAUUCUAUUGUUAAGCACAGACUGCUUCUGCAUAAAGAUAAAGACAUUAGACUUCUGGUUGCCAUUUGUUUCUGUGAAAUUAUUCGGGUCCUGGCACCAAAUCCCGACCUGACAGAUGCUGUUUUUAAGGACAUUUUUGAACUUUUCGUUAGUUUAUUUGCGGAGCUUGCGGAUAACACAAGUGCAUAUUUCUCAAGGAGAUUAAAAGUAUUGGAGACUGUUUCUAAACUCAAAUUUUGUGUGCUAAUGUUAGACACAGGCUGUGAAGAUUUAGUUCUAAAAAUGUUCAAUACCUUUUUCACUGUUGUGAGGGAACACCAUCCACAAAGUUUGUUUAGUGCAAUGUCAAGUAUAAUAGCUCUCAUUUUGAAGGAGAAGGAGAAAGUUUCUCAGUCGCUUAUUGAUGUGAUUUUGCGGAAUAUUCUGAAGGAGGGAAAGGGUGCAUCUCUUGCUGCUUCUAGGCUUGCUGUUUCUGUCAUCCAAAAUUGUGAAGAAGAGCUUGAGACUCGUGUUUCUGAAUUUUUAACUUCAUGUAUAGUAAACAGAGAUGCUGUAGGGAGUGAACUUAAAGAAUUUUACCAUGAAAUUAUAUUUGAAGUCUUUCAGUGUGCUCCUCGAAUGCUCCUGGUUGUCAUCCCAACUUUGACUCAAGAAUUAUUGGCUGAUCAGGUUGAUGUCCGGAUUAAAGCUGUUAAUUUAAUUGGAAAGCUUUUAGCACUUCCUGGUUAUCAUGUUGCCCAGGAGUAUCGUUAUCUCUUCAUAGAAUUUUUAAAAAGAUUCUCUGAUAAGUCAGCGGAGGUUAGACUUGGUGCCAUAUCAUGUGCAAAAGCUUUCUACAUGACCAAUCCAUCGGGGACAGAAGCAGUUGAUGUUCUCACUGCCCUUGAGGGUCGACUGUUAGAUUUUGAUGAUAGAGUGAGAACCCAAGCAGUGGUUGUUGCCUGUGAUUUAGCUAGGGCUAACCUCAAAUCUGUUCCAUCUGAACUGAUAACUCGGGCUACUGAACGACUUCGUGAUAAGAAGGUGUCUGUUAGAAAGAAAGCAUUGCAGAAGUUGCUGGAAGUUUAUCGCGAUUAUUGUACAAAGUGUUCUGCGGGUAUCAUAGCACCAAGUGAUCACUUUGAGCAGAUUCUAUGUGGAAUAUUGAUGCUUUGCUAUGAUAAAGAUUGUAAGGAGUUUAGUCCUCAAAACAUGGAGCUUGUGCUUGCAGAGGAAAUGUUUCCUACUUCUCUUUCAAUCGAGGACAGAACUAGGCAUUGGAUCUUGUUGUUCUCACUUUUUGAGCCUCCUCACUUGAAAGCUUUGAACUCUAUUUUAUAUAAAAAACGAAGGUUGCAAACUGAGAUGCAAGUUUACCUGACACUCCAGAAAGAAGAGAAUAAUGGCUCUGAAGAAGUGCAUAAGAGAAUUCAAAACUCUGUAGCAAAAAUGUCAUCAUUCUUUCCAGAUUCCUCCAAAGCAGAAGAGUGCUUUGAUAAAUUGAACUCAGUGAAAGAUAGUAACAUUUUUAGCACAUUGGCGCAGUUGUUGGAUGAAGUGACUAUAAAAAUUGCUCAGGCGACAAGAGACAACUUUCUGAGAAAGAUGGGGGAUAGGCAUCCGCAUUUUGGGUUUCUACGAUUACUCUCCACAAAGUGCCUGUUCAAUAUAUUUAGUUCUGAGCAUGUCCAUUGUAUUUUAGAUCAUCUUUUGGGUGACAAUUUCACAAAUAAAAGUCUGGAGGAUUCUUCCGUGAAGCUUCUUCUGGCUAUCAUCAGCGCUUUCCCGUCACUCUUGAGAGGUUCAGAAAAGCUGUUCCAGUUGUUGUUACAACAAGAUAUGCCAUUUAAUGAAGAGCUGAUUCAGAUGCUGGCAAAAGCCGGCCCUCAUAUUGAUAUUAAACUAAGUGAUAUUUACCCAUCAUUGGAAAGGGUGUGCCUGGAGGGAACUCGCGCUCAGUCCAAGCUUGCUGUUUCUGCAGUUGCUGCAUUGAUUGAUACUUCUGAACUAUUUUUUUUCUCAGAGUUAUGCAAGACACUUGUGGAUGCUCUACAUGGUGGACAGAAUAUUCCAACUGUGUUGCAGGCUUUGGGUUGCCUAGCUCAACAUUCUGUUUCAACAUUUGAAAGCCGAGAUGGAGAGAUUACUCAAUAUAUUGUUGAAUUUUUUUUCCAAUCAGCUGAUGUGGAAACAUCAAAUUAUCAAGAUUUACUUGAUGAGACUUCUGACUGUAGUGUUUUGUGCAAAUUGAAGAUCUUUGGCCUUAAAGCACUUGUCAAGAGUUUUUUGCCUCAUAGACCAACUCAUGUUAGCCGUGAUAUUAACCAAUUGUUGGAUGUUUUGUCACAAAUGCUGCAGCCUGGUUAUAUUUCUGAUGGCAUAAUCUCAUGUGAAUCUGACAAGGCCAACAUAAGACUAGCUGCUGCAAAAUCUGUUCUCCGUCUUUCAAGAAGAUGGGAUUUGUAUAUUCCACCAGAGAUCUUCCGUUUUACAAUUUGGAUGGCCAAGGACUCUUCAACUUUUGCACGCAGACUGUUUAUUGACAAAACACACAAGCUUUUGAAGCAGCAUGCUGUACCUACCAAAUAUGCAUGUGCUUUUGCAUUUGCCGCCUCAGAUUCCGUAAAAGAUCUGCGAGAUGAUUCACUGAAAUAUAUGGCAGAAUUUGUAAGGGAGUACAGUAGAGAUGCUCGAAUACGCCAAACUUCUGGCAAGCAGCUAGGAUUGCCUGAUUACCCUGCUUACAUUGUUGUGUUCUUGAUCCAUGUUCUUGCUCACGAUUCAGGUUUCCCACCUGAAAAUUGUGGCGAUGAGGAAAUUUAUGCUCAGUUUUUCAGUCCUCUUGUUUUCACCUUGCAAGCUUUUGUCAAUGCUAGUUUUGUUGAUGGUGACAUGGAUGUUGUCAAUGCUGCUGUCUUAUGCCUUCAGAGUAUAUUUUUGGCUAUUAAGAGGGCUGAGGAUGCUGUUGAUGCUCACACAACUCCUAAAUUGCAUAUUUUAGCAGACUUUGGAAUUUCCAUCUUAAAUGCAUUGAAUCAUAGUGCCAUCACAGCAUCACAUACCCUGGGUUUGAUUUUGUUGCCAUCAUCAUUAUACAGAAUUAGUCCUGCAGAAAAAAGAGAUGAGGCUAAUUCAAUUUGUCAAGCUUGGUGUCCUUUUAAUGCAAAACUUGCUAAUAGAGUGGUUCCUAGUUUUGAAUCUCAGAUCUCUCGUCCUGCCAGUACACUCGUUAAACGUGGCCGAAAAAGCCAAGAGGAUGUUUCACAGUCAGACUUUAUGAAGUGCAGCACGGCGAACUUGGUAUUGUGCAAGAACAAUGAUUUGCUUGUGAAUGGGACAAGAGAACGUAGUGAGAGUUCAUUUGCUUGUGAAAAAAAGACCCAUGAAACUUUGAACCAGGAAAUCAACCCUAGAGGAAGACAUAAAAGAGCCCUUUCUCCAUCUCCUCCUGGAUCAGUUGAAUUACAUAAUGAGUUCUCUAUUUAUGAUGAGCAUGAAAAGGGUGCAUCUGGAAACUCUGAACCACUUAUUGGAAGAGGGCAUCUUCCAUCUUCUUGUGAUUCUGUGACUACAAAACCUUCACUGACUGAGAAGGAAGCUUUGAAAAGUUCUUUGAUAGUUAAUGGUGUGGUAACAAAAUCUGACAGUGUUGGUGCUGAAACUUCCAAGAUUAAAAGAGUGGCUGGUUUUUGCGGCUUAAAGGAUGUUGGGAAUAACAGUCAAGUGUGUGUUGGGCAGCGGAUAAAAUUAUGGUCCCCAGUUGAUAAAUGCUACCAUUUGGGCACAGUCAGCGGUUUUGAUUCUACAAGUGAUACUCACAAGAUCACUUACGACAAUGGGGAGGUUGAAGUUUUCAGCUUGGAGACUGAAAACUGGGAGACCAUAAGCAAUGACUUUCUACAGGAAAAGGAGUUGGACAGUUUUACUUCACAACACUGUGAUUUUGUUAAUAGUCAAACAAAAAUGGUUGAUGCACUUCCGGAUGGCGUUUGCCAAACAAAAAACUUUCAAAGUAAGGGAACGAGCUUUUCCAAGAGAAGAAUAUCUAUGCCUGUUUCAGGUCAUGCAAAAGCCUUCACUUUGCCAACAUUGAAAUUAUAUUAUUCUGUUGAGCUUAUGAAUGAUGGUAUCAUCAGUGAAUGGUGGGCUAAGAAGCACAAACACUUUUAUGAAGGAGGGAAGGAGAACAAGAGGCAUAAAGUUUCAAUGGAUACAUCGACAUCAGAAGUUAUUAAUGUGAAUGAGGAAGCUGUGCAGGAGCGACAAUCCAAGAAGCAAAUUGGGACCGGUCGUAGAGUUGGAGACCUCUAUGUGGUGGGAAAUUGUUCGAAGAACUCGGAGACGGAAGUGAGUUAUUUUUUCAUUUUGUAAAUGCAGCAGAAAUCUGUACCGUCUCUGGGCCAGACAUCCUGACAUGUAGAAUAAAAUUAUAUUUGGGUUUCUAUCUAAUGAUUUUGUUUAAGAUGACAUGCAAAACUUAGAAUGAAAUUGUCAUUUGCUUGUUUGAUGGGUAAUUUAGUGUUCAGUUUUCUACCAACACGUGGACACCUGCUGGGAGAAGCCUCUUUGCGAUUCUCUGUACUCCAAAGAAUACUUAAGGUGAGUUCUGCUUUGACUGUUUGGCACUUGGGAGGGUUUUGAUAUCAUUUGUGUAUGGAAAAGAACCUUUGGCAGAAAAAAGAAAUUGUGUUGCAAAGAUGCUCAAGCUAAAUGAUGAAUUCUGUGUCAACAAAUUCUUGCUACUGUUUUAUGACAACUCUUUGGACAACAAUUGAUUUA